AUGGCAGAAGAUUUGUAUGACGGAGAGUUUUGGCUCCCUCCUCAGUUCCUCACUGACGACGACAUAAACGCCAAGAAAAGUGAAGGAGACGUGUGGUUAAGCAGAGAAAUUGAUGGAGGAGCCUACUUUCCUUAUGAUUUCCCAACUGGGUUUGGGUCGUUUUGUCCUAACUCGGAUCUGUGUUCAGCCGUUGAGUCCGUCGUGGGUUCGACCGAGACUGAGAGUGAUGAAGAAGAGUACCUCACUGGUCUAACUAAGAAACUGGCUCGUUCUACCAUUCAAGACGAUUUGUGGAAAGCAGACACUGCUUUUGCCAAUGACAAAUCGAAGUCAUUGGCUACGUCUGGCUCGCCUCAAUCGACGCUGUGUUCUGUUCUUGGUGGGUGUGGCUUCAAGAAGGACUCGUGGCACGGAAGUUCAUAUUGUCCGUCAAAUGUUUCUUCUCCUCCACCUAUGAGCCAGAACGAGGCCGCUUGGGAUCUACUGUAUGCGGCUGCAAGGAAAGUGGCUCGGAUGAGAAUGGCUGAAAAACAAAAUGGGUAUUACCAGGACAUGGGACUGUUGUCCCUCUCUUACCAACAAUUACAAGCCACCCAACUUGAGCAGUUGAAACGGCAGAAAAUGGCGAUGCAGCAGGGUGUUUGGGAACAGGCCAGGUAUCAACAGCGACAGAGUCGGCAAAUGGUUGAGCAUAGAGGUAGAAAUGAUGGUGGAAAGCCAGUGGGUUUGUCACUUUCUGGUUGGCCUAUUUCUCAACUGUCUCGGCAACAACCCCAACAGCCUGGGUCUGGUAUGAGGGCCAUUUUUCUGGGGAAUCCGGCGGCUAGACGGGAAUGUGCUGGAACUGGUGUUUUCUUGCCUCGAAUAAUCGGAACCCCCUCCGAAACUCGCAAAAAACCAGUGUGUUCCACGGUUUUGCUUCCAGACAGAGUGGUCCAGGCCCUGAAUUUGAACUUAGACCCCAUGGAGACUCAACCACAGCUUGGAAGUUUCACUCCUGGCUAUGACUCUGCUUUGAAGUACCGGAGCAAUGUGCUGAUGGCUCACCGGAGGCAAAAUGUCCAGCCACAUCUGGUGUUGAAAUAA